CCGCGCUCGGUGCAGCCGCUCGCCGCCGCCUACGAGGCGCGCCGGGGUCGCUACGGCCCUGGCGACUUCGACUCCGGCGAGCUCGCCAUCCCGCCGCCCAAGCUACUCACCUCCCACAAGAAAUUCAGAGAAGCCGUCAAACUGAGCAUCACUGUGAAGCUUUAAUUGAGCUGCCUUUCGCUGUCAAGGCUUCCAUGGGGACUUCAUCUGAAGCUGCUCUCUCGUAUUUCAGUCUCCGCUUUGAUUAACUCAAAUCAAACUAGAUUGGCAGUGGUCUGAGGAUGCAGAAUUUCACAAACCGUGGGGAAUCUGCACUGCAUCUUUGCAUGAAUUCUUUAAGCGGAUCAGGGGAAAGAGAGGGACACAACAAUACAUACAGCAAGUGAAAACCAACAGCUUACACACACAAAAAUUCAUCAAGUCCGUGUAGGAUGCAGCAGAGUCAAUCUUGGCGGCCCUUGGUUUAUCAUAUUGUAAGCACUAUUGUCCUAUAGGAGGAGGAUUCCGUCCUUUUGCUCAGAUAAGUGAAGAACUGCCGUGCUUAUUUAACGUUCACGUUGCUGUCAGCCUGAGUCUACUUCUUGGACUGGUCAAGCCAGCGACCCAACCAUGAGCUUCUGCUUUUGUUCCUUCCUGCUGACCACUUUUCCAUGCCAACCAUGGAGUUUGGGAAAUUACAUCCUUCACUUUUCUUCUUGCAAAGACAUGAGUGAUCUGCUUAGCUUCUACUUGGAAGAAAACACUAAAUGUGCAGGAGCUAAUAAGUGAGACAAAGUACAGACUGUAUAACUGGAAAGAAGCUGACUUUGUUUAUGUACUCUCAGCAUGUUACUAGUGUUAUAAUUCAGGCACCCAGUGAUUCGGCAGUCAUCCUGGAGAUGGAAAAAGAUAUAGACAGAUGGUUACUAAAGUAUCGGGUUAAGAAAUACACCAAUGCGCAGCCUACUUUGAUCUGGCCAAUGCGCAUCAGGGGUGAUCGUCUAUAUAUCAUCAGAAAAAUGAAAGGAGGCCAUCUCCCCCAAAGUGAAAGGACUACGGAAUAGCCUUAGAGGAGUGACCUCCCCAUUUUGUUUCAUUUCACCCGUUUCAUUCAUUGAGUCUAUGUUUUCAUCGAAAAGCUUGCACUUCAAAUUGGCUUGUUUCAUAAUUUUGCAAUAAGAUUGACAGGAAAAGCACUGCUAGUUCAAAUAAAUAUACCUUCUUUCUUAGGUUCUUUGUUACGACGAAACAUCUGAUAUUAUUCUUCUUAGAGGGGAUAAUACGUUUCUCUCGCUCUUCCUUUUGCUUUGUUUGUGCUAUAACUAGUUGUCUUUCUAUUGGAAAUUGAAGGCAGCAAAAGCGGAGACUAUAUCAUUAGAAGAUAAGAGUAGUCUUUUCCUUUCAUAUUAACUCUGACAUACUAAGUUGUGACAGGUACCAGAAACAGGUACACUUUUAGGAAGAGCCAGCAUUGCUGCUGUCGAGGUGUUAGAUACCCUCGGGAGUAGCAUGACAAAUUUAAAUCAUGGCAGUGGAUUUCUCUCUGGGGGAACAAAUCGAGGCAAUAGAGUCUGUAUUUUAGCAUUUGAAGUCGCAAACACAAUAGCUAAAGCUUCCAAUUUGUGGAGAUCUUGCUCCGACACGAGUAUAAAGGAAUUGAAGGAAGAAAUAUUGCGUUCAGAUGGAGUGCAAAUAUUGGUCUCCUCAAAUUCCAGUGAACUAUUGUAUAUUGCUUAUGUUGACAAAAGGGAUGAACUUGACAUCUUUUCAAGAGAAGUAAUUCGAUUUGGUAACCUGUGUAAAGACCCAACAUGGCAUAACUUAGGACGCUAUUUCAACAAAUUAACGACAGAUUUUGCGCCUCAGGAUCAUUCAAAAGAGCAUAUGGAAACUACUAUCCAGCAAUUGAUCAAUUUGGCUCAAAAUACUUCUGAACUCUAUCAUGAAUUGCAUGCGCUGGACAGGUUUGAGCAGGAUUUUCAAAGAAAAUUUCAUGAAGAAGAGUCAGUGCCAGCAGCCAGACGUGAGAGUGUUAUGAUCUUGCAUAGUGAACUAAAGCGCCAGAGAAAGCUUGUGAAAACUCUCAAGAAGAAGUCUUUGUGGUCUCGAACUUUAGAGACGAUUGUGGAGAAGCUUGUUGAUAUUGUCGUAUUUUUACAUAAGCAAAUUCGGGAUUCAUUCAGUGAAGCUGUUUCUGUAGGUGCUGACCUUUUCAAUUCAGAGCAAGCUCAAAACAAAAGACUAGGUUCCUGCGGUCUAGCCUUACAUUAUGCGAACAUAAUCAAUCAAAUUGAAAAUAUUGUUUCUAGACCACUCUCUCUUCCUCCUAGUGCUAGGGACAAUCUGUAUCAUGGUCUGCCAGUAACAGUGAAGUCAGCUCUCAGAUCGCGAUUGCAAUCAGUUAAUGCCCAAGAAGAGCGUACUGUAGCUCAAAUUAAAGCUGAAAUGCAGAAAACUCUUCGCUGGAUUCUACCGAUUGCUGAAAAUACAAUAAGAGCACAUCAAGGUUUUGGAUGGGUCGGCGAAUGGGCAAACCUUGGUUGCGAAAUGAACAAGAAAUCAGGCUCCCAGCUCAGUAUCACCCGUGUCCAGACUCUUCAUUACGCCGAUAAGGCAAAGACGGAGCAAUACAUGCUCGAUCUGGUGGUGCUGCUCCACCAUUUAGUUGUCCAGGUGAAGAACAGAGGCUAUGGGAGCAAGUCCUCAAAGCACGACCAGUCCCGAUCCCGCAAGGGAAUGGAUCUUCAACCUGAAUCCAAGCUCAACACAUCUCCAGUGAACAACGCCACAUAUCCGAGCCCGUUGUCGGAGUCCGAACGCGAGACGCUGGACCACCUGAGCUUCAAGAGGACGGGCUACGGUAGGAGCAAGAGCUGCGAGCCUCCACCCAAUAGAGGGAAGAAGGCACAUCGAACCUGGGAUUCAUGCCGGAGCCAUGGCAGCUCGCCGGCGAGGGAAUUCGGUAGGAACUCAGCUUCAGAGCUUGACAAGACGAUGGACCUGGAUGUAAUAGAUGGGUUAGAUAGACUGACUUCUUACCACCCAACAUCCCCCACAUUUUGUUAGGUAUAUGCUGCACAAAAAUAGGUAUUCUUUUGGUGUUCCUACGGUUGAUUGAUCGUAUAUAUAUCUUGUAAAUGUGUGUGAUCUACCUAUAUAUUCUCUUACAUGUACAUAUAUACAUAGCUUAGUAGUACAGCCCUGAGUUUGAGUGGAAAUAUAGCAAGAUCACAAGUGAUGCUCUAUGCCUCGUUCCCA